AAGAAUGAUCAUGCAGUAGGCGUCACUGGUUUCGACACUGAACGCGUUUAUUUUAAUUACGCGGGAAUCAGACACUUUUUGGUGGGGUCUGUUUGGACUUUGCUGCAUGUUUCGCGCCCACUGACUGAUUUAUAGCUCGAAGGGGAAAAGUUACAUAAAAAUUCACAUUGUCCAACACAGACAGAGCGGAAGUGAUCUCGCGACAGUGGAGCUGAAGCUGCACGGGCUGUGUUAUAAAGCUCUAUAUUUAUUUGUGUUUGGCUCUAAGAUCGUCUUGUACUCCAAUAUGAGUGAGGAGAAACUUGAGGUGGAGCUGUUUGUGAAGGCAGGAAGUGAUGGUCAGAGUAUCGGGAACUGCCCUUUCUCUCAGCGGCUCUUCAUGGUGCUGUGGCUCAAAGGCGUCACGUUUAAUGUCACCACUGUGGACAUGAAGAGGAAGCCGGACAUUCUGAAAGAUCUGGCUCCUGGUGCUCAACCUCCGUUCCUGCUGUACGGCACUGAGGUGAAGACCGACACCAACAAGAUCGAAGAGUUCCUGGAGGAAACGCUAUGCCCUCCAAAAUAUCCUCGGCUGGCGGCCCGUAACCCUGAAUCCAACACUGCAGGUCUGGAUGUGUUCUCAAAGUUCUCUGCUUACAUCAAGAAUUCAAACCCUCAGAUGAACGACAAUCUGGAGAAGGGUUUGUUGAAGGCCCUGAAGAAGUUGGAUGAUUAUCUGAGCUCCCCUCUGCCUGAAGAGAUUGAUGAGAACAGCGCUGAUGAUGUCACUUCCUCCACGCGCCCCUUCCUGGAUGGUCAGGAGCUCACGCUGGCCGACUGCAACCUGCUGCCGAAACUACACAUCGUCAAAGUGGUGUGUGAGAAGUUUCGUGGUUUCUCCAUCCCUCGCUCUCUGACGUCUCUAUGGCGAUAUCUGGAUGCGGCGUAUGCGAGAGAGGAAUUCUCCGCCACCUGCCCGAGUGAUGAGGAGAUACACAGCGCAUACUUCACAGUUGUGAAGGCACUCAAGUAGAAGGAGAACACACACACACACACACACACAAACUCGUGUGUUGUCAAACUCUGUUCAUUGCAAAUGGUCAUUGUGUUUCAAAUGUUUCCUUUUCACAAACACCAGCGAGGUCCUGAAGUUUCAGUCUUAAGUGGGGUCAUAUUAUAUAUUUUUUUUAAUGAUUUUAUGGUAAUUUUAUGAAGUCCACAGACAUUUUUUAUGACCAAAUACAAUCAAAAUUUGUGACCAUGUUCCAACCUCUCUCUGUCCCUUACAAUUAAACAAGCAUUUUGUUGCUGCUGCUUUAAGAAGAAAAAAAAACACUUUUCAUGUGAAAUGAGCAACAGCGCUUCACUGCAUUCACACAUGAGCUGUGGAUUUUAUGUUGGGUCCAGUAAAGUGCAGCGGUCCGUAAGUAAAAAACCCAUUCAUUUUUUCCAUAGAUGAAUUAAUCUUUAGCAAUAAUUUAUAAACCUUGAAAGAGCUGAGCUCCGAGGUUGUUAAUUGAUGGUAUUGAAGCCAUCAGUCCACAAUAUAUAAACUUCAUUUAAAAAACAAAACAAAACUACCCAUAAUCCUGUAGGGAAAAGAUUCACCAAUCAGAGAAUCGCAGACAACAAAGCACACCAAAAGAACUCUGCAGCAACAGUCUACUCCCAUGAUGCACUGUGAACGACGCAAUCGGGUACCGACACUCGAGAAGUACUUUUAUAUUUGAAAAUAGCAGACGAUUUUGCUAUGAAAUUUAAAUUGAUUGUUUCUAUACUCUUUAAAGCAAUAAUUGUAUAUUUUUCUUAUUUGAUUACAUCAUUUGCAAUGCUUCAUGGGAUUGUAGUUCAUUCCUUCAUGAAAGACGUUAAGUAGACAGUCUUGUACCUUUUGUCUUUUGAUCAGAUUUUUGCAAGAAUUAUUAUUAUUUUAUUUUUAUUUAUUUUUUUUUGCUUCAAAUGAAAUUUUGUAAUGUUGUGAUUCACCAUGGAGCUGGUUGCUUUGGCUCAUGGCUUACAACUUUUUUAUGGAGAUUUGUAUGAAAUCCCUGUGGAAAAAAUGACUGGGAAAAAAAAAGUGGGCAGGCACUGCCCCAUUCUUCAAAAACUGUUCAGAUCAGACUGAAUGAUCAGGUAUCUUGUUAUCUUGCUAUUUAUGCAGCUUAAUUCAGUAAAUGCUUUUAUUCACUGGGAAGGAAGUUUUGAUACAGUUUGUUUUCAUUGUGAUAUGCUCUUAAUCUUAAAAGAUUGAGGAGAAUUUGAUUCCUCUUAAUUUGGUCUUGUAGUUUCAUGUUUUUGUCUCUUUGUUGUCAUGCAGAGGUCACGAGCUGUCCACAUAAACAACAUUUUCUUUCAAACAAACUGCAUUAGCUUUAAUAUUUCAAAAAAAAAAAUUGUGCUAUCAUAGCAGUUACAAACAGGCUGUUAUUGCCUCAUUUCUGUCUCCUCCCUCUCUUUGGCCACGUCUGCACUGCAGCUACAUAUGCUUGUCACUCCUCUUCUGAGAGCUUUAUGUUCUGUACACACAAUUCAGGCAGUAACCAUGUAUUUACAUACAGAACCCAACUGAACAAAGUGUUUAAUGGCACACACAAAUAGGCACAUCCAUUUCACACACUGUUCCCAAGCCAUCCAAGCAGCUAUUUUCCAUUUUAAUGAAAGAGUUUGGUGACUGUCCAGCUCCAAAAAACCACCAUCAAAGUAUCACACAAGUAGUCCACAUGACCAAGUCUUCCAAUGUCCUGCUUUAUGCCAUUAUUCAUUGAAAUUCUGUUGAAUCGGGUACUGCUAACGUCAGUCGAAUCCAUAGUCAUCUCUUGGUGCAGUUGAAAUAUUACAGUGCACAUGCAAAUCACAAGAAUAUGACUGAAUAUGACUGUCAACGUCCAUACUGAAACCUCUGUUGUCUAAUAUUUGAGAAGAUGAUGUUUUAAAUAUGCAUUGUUUUGGUAGUAAAUGUCCACUCUGGUUACAAGCAGCAAAUUGUGCACAUCAGUUUGUUAAUAUUUAUAUCCUUAACACAAGAAAAUCUAGAGGAAAUAGUUUCAGAGAGACUUUGUAAACUUUCAGAAAUCAAAUGGAACAGGUAUUAUGUUUAGUCAAAGAACUUCUGUUUGUCUUUAUGAAACAAGUCUAUGUUACAGUCUUACAAGACAUGAUCACUAAUAGAUUCAAGUGCUGUUUAAGCUGUAGUCUGAUGUUGAGGAGGACUCUAUCCAGAUCAAGGAUUGUUCAAAUGUUUCUUAGUUUUGUAUGUUCUUUUACUUUUUACACACUGUACAGGGCAUUGCUGUGCUUUUAACAGAACUUUUAGCAAAUUAAACUAUCUAAAGAGUACGUCCAAGUUAAAAUUAUGGAAUAGAAUAAAUUAUAGUACAGGAGAAGUGCAAUGGGUGGAACAAGCACAAGAUUACCAUAAGAAAUAAACCACUGAGGUCAUAUACUGUAAGCCCGGGCACUUCUGUUUUCAUUUCUAACUCAUUACUGUGUGCUGCACAACACAACAUCAAUGCAAAUGUGGAUUAAUGAACACUUUAUUGAUUAGAUGAAUGUUAUGACAAUCAAAUAUAAGAUCUCAUUCUUGUUAACCAGCAAUUAAACAAGCUAUAAUAAAGAAUAAAUUGACAAUUAAA